UCAGACAAGGAAACGGAAACGGCAGAUCUGAGUACAGAAUUAUUAGAAUGGCAUCAGAAGCCGAACACCUUCCUCAAGUUUUGGUUAUAGGUCCUCCCGGGAUAUUCUCACUUCUCGAAUCCCAAUUCCCAAACAGAUUCCAUUUCCUCAAACCAUGGCUUUCCCAACUCCCACUCCUCCAGUUUCUCACCUCUUAUGCGCAAUCCACACAGGCCCUCCUCAUCCGAGCUGGUGGCUCCAUCAAGCUCACUCCCGCACUUCUCCAUUGCCUCCCCUCGCUCAAGCUCGUCGUCACCGCCAGCGUCGGUGUCGAUCACCUCGACUUACCGGAAUUACGCCGCCGUGGGGUCGCCGUUGCCACUGCAGGAAACUUGUUCUCUGAAGAUGCUGCGGACAUGGCGGUCGGAUUACUAAUAGACGUUCUUAGGAACGUUUCUGCGGCGGAUCGGUUCGUGAGGCAAGGCCUUUGGUCUACAAAAGGGGGUUUUCCUCUCGGGUUAAAGUUGAGCCGGAAACGAAUUGGGAUUGUUGGAUUGGGGAAGAUUGGGUGUGAAGUUGCGAAAAGGCUGGAGGGUUUUGGGUGCAGAAUCUCAUACACUUCAAGGACCAAAAAGCCAUUAGUUCCAUACUCAUACUAU